AUGAGGGCGGUCCUCCUUGGCCGUUUCUGCCUUAGACGUGGGCUCCAGCGCCAGCCCCAGCGUUUCUUUUCACCAUGGCGUACACCCUCCAAACUCUCCGCGCCACGGCGAACUCCCAUAAUCGGUGGGGUUCUCGUAGCAGCAUUGGCGCCGGCGGCCUUUCUGAAACUAGUGGAGGACUCCGAUGGGAAGACCGGUGAAAUGCAAAUGUUAGAGGCCUCCCGAGAAGAAAUCCGGAGAACCGUGUCGCCAGAUGCUAGAGGGCUCUCGCGACUUUGGCAGUCAUUUUCGAUUUUCUUCUAUCAUUAUGUCUACGACCCCAUUGCGACUGGUUUCCGGUUCUUACACCUAGUGGUGAUAUUUGCUCCUGUCAUUGUGACGGUGCCAGCAAUUUGGAUUGGAAGCUCGGUGGGGACUGUGGAUGGGACGCGCUCGGGGACGUUGUGGUGGUAUCGAUUCCUGGUGAAAGCCAUGGAGCGUGCAGGGCCGGCGUUUAUCAAGCUGGGCCAAUGGGCAGCAUCGCGUACGGAUAUCUUCCCGCCCGAAAUGUGCACUGUCAUGUCUUCCCUCCAUUCACACGCCCCGGCCCAUUCCCUCCAUGAGACUAAGCGCAUCAUCCGGAAAGCAUUCAACGGAAUACCGUUUGAGGAUAUCUUUGAGGAAUUCCAGGAGACACCUCUGGGUGUUGGAGCCAUCGCACAGGUCUACAAGGCCAAACUAAAGCCGAGUCUGGCUGGGACCUACCAGGAACUGGGCCAGGAACCUGUGACAUUGAGCGAGAAGAUGCGGAAGAAUGUGGACGUCUUGGUCAAAAGCUCGCCACAGCGAGUGCCUUCCUCUUAUGUGGCGAUCAAAGUCUUACACCCACGGGUCGAGAAAGUCAUCCACCGGGACUUGCGCAUCAUGCAUUUCUUCGCCUCCUUGAUCAAUGCUAUUCCAACAAUGCAUUGGCUCUCGUUUCCCGAUGAGGUCCAGCAAUUUGGCGAAAUGAUGAAGCUCCAACUAGAUCUCCGCAUCGAAGGCGCGAACUUGGUCAGAUUCCGUGAAAAGUUCAAGUCUCGGUCCACGGCCUGGUUCCCAUAUCCAUACCUGGACUAUACCACUCGUGAAGUUCUCGUCGAGGAAUUCGCCCAAGGAAUCCCGCUCGCCACUUUCUUAGAUAUCGGCGGCGGCGUCUAUCAGCGUGAGAUCGCCAACGAGGGUCUUGACGCUUUUCUGCACAUGCUGCUGAUUGACAACUUUGUCCACGCAGACCUGCAUCCGGGCAACAUCAUGGUCCGCUUUUACCAGCCAAGCGAGCUCGACCUGUCUCUACAGAAGAAUUCGCGGGCCACUGAUGCUCCAACCCGAGCAGAAGUGGAUGUAACAGAAGCCGUGCUCGCGAGACUGCGGCCUUAUAGCGGAAACAAAGAUGCUUGGGAUGCAGCUCUAGCGCAACUGAAUGACGAGGGCUACCGCCCGCAGCUCAUUUUCAUCGACACUGGUCUUUGUACAGAGUUGAAUGAGACCAAUCGGCGAAAUUUCUUAGAUCUUUUCAGAGCCAUCGCGGAAUUCGAUGGUUACAGAGCUGGACAACUGAUGGUCGAACGAUGCCGAACUCCUCAGGAGGUGAUCGACCCCGAGAUAUUUGCACUCAAAAUGCAGCACCUUGUGCUGAGCAUCAAGUCACGUACGUUUGCCUUAGGGAACAUCAAGAUCGGCGAUGUGCUCAGCGAGGUUCUCACCAUGGUUCGAAGCCACCACGUUCGCUUCGAGGGAGACUUUGUUAAUGUGGUAAUCUCGUGUCUUCUUCUGGAGGGGAUUGGGCGCAGCCUGAACCCCGACCUCGAUCUUUUCAAGAGCGCGCUUCCCAUCCUACGACAGCUCGGCUCGGGCUCUACCUUCUUGCAAACUGUGCUCUCGGGCGAUACUUCAAUGCUUCGUGUCUGGGUUGGCUUGGAAGCUCGAGGAUGGCUGCAGGCCAGCGUUGAAAGUGUGGAGCACUGCGUCAAAUAUGACCAACUCUCCCCCGAACAUCUGAGUUUCCUUUGA